AAGUGAAAGAAAAAACAGCAUGAAAGCUUUGGAAAAACUCCGAAGGAUUGAAAGGUAGAGAAAAUGGAAAAAAAGGAUGGAGGAGAGGAAGGUGAUCUUGAGAGCAUGGCACUUGAAGAGAUCAUAAGAGAGACACAGAGAGGCAAAGAAAGAGCAAAAACAAUGGGACCAAUGGGAUGGAUAAAGUGCCCUUUGAUACCAACAAACAAAAGAUUUUUACGUAAUGUUGUUAUGGGAACUCUGACAGAUCACAAGAGAAGCAAUAAAAGAAAAGAAAGAAAACACCACAGAGAAAAUUCACAGGAAGAUAAUCGUUCCUCUAGCUCAUCACAAAGCCCUUUGAAAGAUGGGAGGAUUAAAGGAAAAACUAAAGUUAAAUAUGAACCAACAAGGAAGUCUUACUCAUCUUCAAAGUAUUCAAAUGAGGCGAGUGUGCGGGCAGUUUCUAAAGACAAAUGUUCACAAAGUACAAAAGACAAUGUUGCAGAUAAGGGGGCUAGUCAUAGUAAGAACCAUAAUAAUGAGAAACCUAGUAAUGAAAGGAAACACAGUAGAAAACACAAGUCACCAGAAGAACAUGUAAAUAGACAUGAAAAGCGCAAAAGAAACAGGAGGGAGUGAAGUAUUUUAAACCUAACUGCAAAUCACGAAAUCUGUAACAUAAUGAUAUAACCUGCCUGAGUAGCAUGGAAAGAAGGUAUAUUAUGAAGGACAAUACUCCAGGCCGCAGCUAUACCACCUAAAUGGAGGGGGACACUCGAUUUUAUUUUUCAACUGGGUGAAUAUAAAUUUAACAUGAAUAAAAAAACCUUAUACAUAAUUUUAUUUAAAUCAUUUUGCAAAUCUCUCUAGAGAUCACCAGGGAUUAAGCAAAUCCUUCCAAGGUUUCCUAGGCCAUGGAAAAUUAUUUUUCAAUGACUCCGCAAUUCGUUGUUGUCAAUCACAGAUGAAAAAAAAUAUCAUAUCUACUGAAUUUAUUGAGCAAAUUAUAUAAGAUUAUACAUAAGCUAUAUAGCAUUAAAUAACU